AUGGUCCCCAAGGUUGGUAUCAACGGUUUCGGUCGUAUUGGCCGCAUUGUCUUCCGCAAUGCCAUCAACCACGGCGGUGUCGAUGUCGUCGCUGUCAACGACCCCUUCAUUGAGGUCCACUACGCUGCCUACAUGCUCAAGUAUGACAGCACCCACGGCCAGUUCAAGGGCACCAUUGAGAUUGACGGUACCUCCGGCCUGAUCGUCAACGGCAAGAAGAUCCGCUUCUACGCCGAGCGUGAUCCCGCCAGCAUCCCCUGGGCUGAGACCGGCGCUACCUACGUUGUCGAGUCCACCGGUGUCUUCACCACCACCGAAAAGGCCUCUGCCCACUUGAAGGGUGGUGCCAAGAAGGUUAUCAUCUCCGCCCCCUCCGCCGACGCCCCCAUGUACGUCAUGGGUGUCAACAACACCGAGUACAAGAGCGACAUCAACGUCCUCUCCAACGCCUCCUGCACCACCAACUGCCUGGCUCCCCUCGCCAAGGUCAUCAACGACAACUUCGGUCUCGUUGAGGGUCUGAUGACCACCAUCCACUCCUACACCGCCACCCAGAAGACCGUUGACGGUCCCUCCGCUAAGGACUGGCGUGGUGGCCGCACUGCGGCCCAGAACAUCAUCCCCUCCUCCACUGGCGCCGCCAAGGCUGUCGGCAAGGUCAUCCCUUCCCUGAACGGCAAGCUGACCGGCAUGUCCAUGCGUGUCCCCACCGCCAACGUCUCCGUCGUUGACCUGACCUGCCGCAUCGAGAAGGGCGCCUCCUACGAGGAGAUCAAGGCCGUCAUCAAGAAGGCCUCUGAGAACGAGCUCAAGGGCAUCCUCGGCUACACCGAGGACGACAUCGUCUCCUCUGACCUGAACGGCGAUGACCACUCCUCUAUCUUCGAUGCCAAGGCUGGUAUCGCCCUCAACCCCAACUUCAUCAAGCUCGUCUCCUGGUACGACAACGAGUGGGGCUACUCCCACCGUGUUGUGGACCUGAUUGCCUACAUCGCCAAGGUUGAUGGCCAGUAG